AUGAAUUCUAAUGAUAUUACUGAUCAAACUGAACAGCCAUUUCCUGACAAACUUGUCAUUGCAGCCGCCGAAUAUAAUAAACAACCCAUUUUAGAUAUAUUAUUGAAUCAUAUCAUUCCCGAUUCUAAACCAGUCUCAAUUCUUGAAAUUGGCUCGUGUACUGGUCAACACAUAACUCAUUUUGCUGCUCAGUUUCCUCUUGCAACUUUUCAACCAUCUGAUAUAGAUUCACAAUAUUUAAAAAGUAUUCAAGCUUAUAUUGAUGAAUAUGAAAUAAAUGCAUUCACAAAAAAUAUUUUACCACCAUUAAAUAUUGAUGUUCUUUCAGCAUCAUCUACGACUAUUAGUAGUCAAUCGCAUGAUUUUGUUUAUUGCUCUAAUAUGAUUCAUAUUACACCCAUUGAAUGUACAAAAGGAUUAUUUGCAUUAGCUGAACGAGUAUUAAAAUCAGAAGGUAGUUUAAUUACCUAUGGACCGUAUGGAUUGCAAGGUGAUGGAAGAAUUACACCUGAAAGUAAUCGACGUUAUCAUGCUUAUCUACAAAUGCAAGAUUCAAAAUGGGGUUUAAAAAGUAUUGAUGAACUGGUAGUAAUUGCUCAUGAUCACCAUAUGGUACUUAAACAAAUAUUCGAUAUGCCUAAUAAUAAUAAAAUUUUAUGGUGGAUUAAGAAAAAAGAGUUGUAA